AUGUUAGGUUUGACUGUGGGUGAUGCUUUGGGUGCUCACGUUGAAUUUAGACCUUACAGCUAUUUGGCUGCUAAUCCAGUGACAAAGUUAGUAGGAGGAGGAACAUGGAGUCUACGAAAAGGACAGUUUACUGAUGACACUUCCAUGGCACUUUGUUUAGCAAAUUCACUAAUUGCUUGUCAAGAAUUUGUUCCAUACGAUCAAUUAGUUCGCUACAAAUGGUGGUAUCGACAUGGAUAUAUGUCAUCGACCGGUUAUUGUUUUGACAUUGGUACGACCACUCGAGAUUCUAUCCAAGAAUUUGAAAAACGUCAAAGGAAGUUUGCACAUGAUUAUAAAAUUCCUUCAGAUGAAAUUGAUUCUCUAUCUGAUCAAGAUCUUCUUCAAGCAUUCGAUGUGAAUUGCAGCAAAGAGGGUGCAGCUGGUAACGGAGCGAUAAUGCGUCUCGCACCUGUACCACUCUUCUUUUAUCGACAUCCAACAAUGGCUGUCGAGUAUUCCGGCAUUAGUGGUAAAAUCACCCAUGGAGAUAAGAAAGUUUAUGAUGCAUGCCGUUAUUAUGGAGCUCUCAUCGUAGCUGCUCUUAAUGGUGCAACAAAAAACCAAUUAACUAGCAACACAUUUUAUGAUGAUCAUCUGGAAUGGUUUGACAAUAUAAGCUUACAUCCUGACAUCCUAACGAUUGCUCAAGGAUCAUACAAAAAGCCAGGCGGUUAUAAAGAUGGAAUUCGAGGUAAAGGAUAUAUUGUUAAUGCUCUAGAAGCUGCACUAUGGGCCUUUUGGAGUGAUGAUGACUCGUUCGAGAAAGGUGCACUUAAAGCUGUUAAUCUAGGCGACGAUACAGAUACAACAGCAGCUAUCUAUGGUCAAUUGGCCGGUGCUCAUUACGGCUACAAAACUGGAUCGCCUACGAAGGAGAAAAAUGGUUUAGAAAUUUAA